AUGGAAGUGAUGGGCCGAUCCAUUGACGUGAGCCUUGAGUGCAGUGGCGCGCCAUCGAUGGUAAGGCUGGGAAUGUUGGCCACAAAACGGGGCGGAACUAUGCUAUUGACAGGACACGGACCCAAAGAUAUGAAUCUACCGAUGGCUUCGGCCGCCAUUCGUGAAGUCACUAUUAAGGGUUCAUUUCGUUACCGCAAUUGCUUUCCAUUGGCUUUAGCACUGGUCAGCACCGGUAGAGUACAACUCAAACAAUUGAUUACACAUCGAUUUCCUUUCGAUAAAACGUUGGACGCCUUUAACAUAGCCUUCAAAGGAGAGGGCAUUAAAGUGAUCAUUAAUGUAAACGAAGCCGACUGA